AUGCUAUACGUCGCCGCCGCCGUCGUCGUCGUCGUCUUCCGGGCUGAUGGCCAGCGGUGUUGUCAGACUUUAUUUUUGUGUGCGCGUAAACACGCGUUCCUCGGAAUUCUCAGCAAUGAUUCGAAUGGCCACGACGUCGUGACGGUAAAUGUGGCCGCUCUGACGCAGGUUCGCGACCUGGCGUUGCAGCUGAACCGCUGCAGCCUGGGUCAGCGGCUCUUCGGCGGUCUCGGACCAGGUUGCUUCCGAUCGAUGGAUUUCUCGUUCGAAGUCCAUGGUGGGGAGAUCGUCGCCAUCUUUGCCACUUCCAAUCAAGAAGGCUCAACCCUGCUAGACAUCCUGGCCAACCGAUUUUCAAAGUGGAGCAUCCGGCUGCACGGAGACAACACGGAGCCUUCAUGCCACCGGCAAGGCUGCGGCACUGUGUCGCCUACGUUGCUCACAACUGGCACCUGUGGCCCGACAUGA